UAGUGAUCCGUCUGUACAUCAUGAAUCCUGAUUUAUGAAAUAAAACUGUUUUUUAUUAAUCUUUUUAGAAGAUUGAUUCUGGUUAAUUUGAAAAAAAAAGGUUUUCACGAAGGGUCCUACAAAACUGACAAAUCAUCACAAGAAUAUAAGAAAAUUUCACUUGUCAAGACGUCGUUUAGACUGGGCUACUCCUUUAGAUUAAUAUACAUUGUUACAUUUCCAUUUCCUAUCUAGUAAUACAUAUUUAUCAAUCUGUCUAUCCAUCCUACUAUUUACUGAGAUUGUAUUUCCUUUUCUUUUAUUAUAGGAAUUCAGAGCAGUAAAAGAUUUAUUUGAAAGUAAUACAGCUAACAACAAUAUUACUAAUAAUAGCAACGGUACUAAUGUUAAUAAAAGCAUUACGGUUAAUGGGUUGAGCAAAGUCUCAGAUAACAAUAAUAAUAAUAAUUCAACGAUAACGUAAGUAUUUUUAGUCUAUCCAUUGCUUUUUCCCUUUCUCCUUAUUUUAUUAUUAUAAUUAUUCUGCUUGGAAAUAAAAGUGAUCAUGACAUUCACUGGUAGGUUAGGUAAUGAUGCUCAAGUGGGAAAUAACUGAACAAGUGAUUUUUGUGUGUGUACAUAAACCUUUUUUGAAAAAAUUCUGUUGUCAUUGUAAUUAUAGUUUGUAUUUACCACAAAUUGAUGUCAGUUGAGAUGCCAUUGAAGAGCAUGAAGAGUGGCGCUGAACAGCUUUUUCAUCCCUGUAUAAAGGACAUCAAAAAACCAUGAUUUCAUGACCCCAUCAGAGAUUGAGUCCAAGAACAUCAGAUCUAACAGAAAACGCUUAGCCAUUAGAAAACGGUAGCCAUUUUCUAAUGGUACGAUUUGAACUUCAAUCAACUUGCAAUAGAACGUGAAGAUCGUCUAAUACAACUGGGACAUCUGUCUCAAUUUCGAUAUAUCUGAACUUCACCAGUAAACCUAUCACCCCGGUUUUCAUUGAUACCUUAAUUAUUAUCAAACUUUGACGAAUACAACUCAUAAACUAAAUCAGUCUUUACUAAAGCUUUUAAACUGAAAUUUUGUUGUCUUAAGUGUGUUAAUUAUUCAAAUGCUCAUAUGUGCAAAUGCAUAUUUGUACAGUGUAAGUAUGCAGUGUAUAGCGAGAACAUAAUUAACAAUCCAAUCAUUUUCUUUUAGAACUUCGUUCAACACAUCCAAAUCGGAAAACAGUUAGAUUUAUUAAAGGUUUACUAUAAUCUCAUUUCAGGUAACGAACAAUACAACAUUCACGAUCAUUUACUGGGGUUCCAGUCUAUGGCUUUCAUGGUGUACAUUUCUACGUUUUCUUAGUUGAACCGAAAAAAAAUAGCAAUCGAAGUGUUCCAGUUGUGUUUUGUUGUAUUCAUUGCCUUAAUUGGGUUCUAUGUGACAUUCAUGCACUGACAAAUAACUGUUUAUUUGUAUAGGAAAUUUGUGGAGAUUGUAGUAUUUGCACACCUGAAAUCACGAACUGAUCAAAGUUAGACCACCAAUGAAAACCUGGAAGCACUGAAUGGCAUUUUCGCCCUAGUAUGGGACUUCUCAGCAAUGCACAUCCAUGAACCUACCCGCCAGAAUAAAACCUUGGACUUUUGAUCCCGUACCCAAACGUUUAACCUCUAAACCAAUUGGCUAUCAUCCAGUAGUGAUCUUGUUAUGAUCAGAAGCGUUCCAAAACUACAAAAUAAAAAGUUAUUCGCCUUCCCUUAUACCUUUGUGCAAUUCCCUGAGGAUCCCGAGAAUAGUAAUAAUAAUGAUAACAGUAAUGACAAUGGUGUUAGUAGUGACAAUCAUCUUGGUCAAACUGAAACCAACUCCUCUGAUUUAAUGAAUUUAUCGUCAGCAUCAAACGAUAUUAUGGCUACACAAAGGUCAAAUACAAAGUUUUCUCCCAAUAAUACUGAUCAUAAUCAUGGAGAUAAUGAUAUUCAUGGUAAUGUUAAUAAUAAUGCCAAGUUUAUUACCAUUUCACAAAACAAUUUCUCUAAUGAUACAUCGUUUUCAAAUGAUCAUAGUGGGCCACUUUUAUCAACAACUACAUUAGAAGUUCUUCGUUUGAUCGGUAAGUACAUUCAUAUUUAUCUUUUCUCAUUGAAUAUGAUUAUUUCUAGCUAUUUACUCUCAUGGUUAAAACGAUACAUCAGUUAGAAAGGGACAUUCUUUGAAAAGCACUCAACACUUCAAUUUUUUAACUUUUCCUAACAUUUUUAAUUGACGACUGAACGCCAUAUUUAGUUUAUGACAUUUUUACUCUCAUUGCAUAGUGAAAAAUCACUUGUUUUAUCGUAAUUUACUGAGUUGUGCGAUUAAAUCUGCAUUGUACAUUUUCUUAUUUCUUACAAACUACUUAUUUCUGAAAUAAGUACAUCAUUUUUGAUUCAAAUAUACACUAAAAUGUUCCUCUUAUUUGGAGCCUCAAGGAGAUUAAACCUAUCGAACAACAUUAUUUGACAAAAUACCUUUCGAUACAGUUAUUUAUAUACAACAAAAGAAAACAUUGAUACAUGAGGUUUCAUUAGGACAUGUUGCAGAGAAUAAAGCAAGAUACAGAUGAAGAAGUAUACCUAACAACCACCUACUUCGAUGAGCGACGCAUAUAUAUCCAGAAUUAGGUUGGAAUAUAGCUAGAAUGGACAGACCAAAAUGCGACGUCAAUCUAUGUAUUCAUCGAAUAUUGGUCUGAGUCAUGUUCAUCGAUCUAGACUACCAUAUUGGGUUUCACGUAAUAACUGCGAUGAGUGACUGGAGAUUUUAGAUGACACAGCACAAAAUCGUUCACAGUCUUUAUCUCACUCACUAUCUUUAAUUUUAAUAUUUCUUCAUACAUGCUUUCCCAGUUUGCCUUUUGAAACCAUAUUCCAAGAUCUGGUAUUUCUUUCUAUAGUUGAUACCACAUUACUUCUCACUCUUGUUGUAUUCACCUCGUCGUGUUAAUCUUAAUCCGACUCACAUCCUUACCACACUCCGUGUUAAUUAUGUUUUUUCUGUCAGUCUAUCGGUUCACCUAUUCGCUAUUAAAAUUCUCUCCGAACCACAAAUUACCUACAUCUAAAACGUAAGUGACAAAAUUCCUCAUCUGGUAUGGAUUCCGUAUCUUCAGGACGAUCGUUGGAGAAAAAGCUUAUUUUUCACUUCGUGAAAUUGGUCACUCUGGUUCUCAACAGAAGCUAUCUUUCUGACGUGGCGUUUGGGUUUCCCUAUUGUGAUGACCUGAUGAUGCUGUAUUUAGCUGAAACACAUUUUGCAUGAAAUUAUACCACAUUUUGUAGGUUAGGUUGGUGGGUUAUAAAACCUGAAGCAGUAAAUUUAUGGUACAAAUGCAAAAUUGUACUGACGUUUCACCUGGGCUGUGGUAAUAGUAUAGGGUUUCCUAUGGAUAACCAGCAUAUUCAGCGAUCUCAAUUCUUCACAAGUGAAAGGAAGUUAGAAUAGAAUUGCUCUAUGAAAUGUUGAAAUAUAACUUCCUUCAAGGAUUUCCGGUUUCGGUGGUAAGGUCUGAAAAGUACAGAGCUAUUAAGUUAGAAACCACUCAGAAAAUGGCUAUUAAUGACUAACUUGUCCCAUAGGUUCUACAGUUACGCUUUCAGAUCGUCAAUAUCACCACAAACUAUGGAUUCUUACUAAAUCCCACAAGAAGCACUGUUCCUUCACGAUGAAGUCAACCGAAAUGACAGCACUGAGGCUUACUUUUCUUGAAAUUCGAAACCAUAUUUUUCCGUAUUAAAGUCUAAAACAUCUCUGUGUAGUAAGUAAGAUGCUCAUAAUAAUUAAGCUAUUUUUAGAACACGUUGGUCUUUAAAUGGUCAUUUUAAAUCUAAGUAUAUCGACUAGCGUUUACUUGAUCCCAUGAAGGUACACUACACCUUAUGUUAAAGAAUUCUUAUGGUUAUUUUGCCAGAGUGAAUAGGAUUUUGUGGGUAACUAUCUUGAAAAAACAAACCUGUCAUGAUCAUAUCGAUAAAAUAACUGAGACAAUCGUAUCAAGGAACCAAGUUUAUUUAGCACGAAGACUGGAGUAGCAUGUUUUUCAUUUAUAUCGUUACUAGUCAAUGUUUGAAUUAGUCUGCAUUGUUGAUACUCAGAAUUGAAUAUUUACCAGUCUUUGUUAGCAUAUGCACACCAUAUACAGAUUGUCUUACAGCAAUAUAAACAUUCUCGUUCAAAAACCUAUUAGCUACCUGAAACCAGUAGCUCUGUGGGUAACGGGUUGAAAUGUGAGGUGAAAGUUACUCCAUUCCAGUGCGAAUAUGAAAGUCAACAUUGAGAUGCGGGUACAUUCAACUGACAAGUCACAAUUAAACAGAAAUUCGCGUCUUUGGUUCCAGUAUUAGCCUUAUUCUAUUCUAGCUAUUAUGUAGAAUGGUAUGCGAUUUAAAAGGCUAUUUCGUACUACUACUUUUAGUGUUACAUUCAGACGCCCCACAAUGGUAGUAUUUCUCGAACUUAAGGCGGCAUUCGACUCUGCUGAUCGUGAGGUUCUAUGGCAGUGUUUGUCACUGAAAGGAGUACCAAAGAAGUACAUUAACCUUAUAAAGGCUCUCUACUCGAACACAACUGGUCGAGUGAGAGCUUAUGGCGAACUGUCAUCAUAAUUGAUUACCUCAAGUAAGUGAUGUUCGUCAGGGUUGUCUACUCUCUCCAUUCUUGUUUAACUUUAUCGUUGACGUGCUUUUAGAGAUAACAAUCUCCUCAUCUAAAUUUCCAGGGGUUGAACUUCUACCGGGAGGUUCACUUGUUGACUUAGAAUAUGCAGAUGACAUAGUUUUAUUUGGUGAAGACGCUGACAAAAUGCAGAGUCUUCUGACCACUCUAAGCAACAAUGAAAGCAUGUUCGGGAUGCGAUUCUCUCCUUCGAAAUGCAAAAUGUUGCUUCAGGAUUGCGUUACAUCGACACCCGAACUAGUGAUAGGGAGUGAAGUAGUUGAGUGUGUCGACCGCUUCGCUUAUCUUGGAAGUCUCAUCAGCCCUUGUUGUCUGGUGUGUGACGAAAUCUCAGCACGGAUACAGAAGGCUCGACUAGCUUUUGCCAACUUGCGUCAUUUAUGGAGUAGGCGAG